AUGGCUGACAGGUCAAGGCGCGAGCGUAAAUCGAAACUUGACAAGCUUGCCGAAUACAAACGCGCGCGCGAGGGAGGGGGUCGCACAUGGAAGGAGGAGAAAGAUGUUGAGCUAUAUGAUGAGGUCUCUGAAGACCAAUACAAGUCCAUUGUACGAGGGCGACUGGCGAAGGAUGAUUUCGUAGUCGACGACGGCGUGCAGGGAUACAUGGAUAACGGAGUGGACGACUUCGAGGAAGUGGAGGAGCAACAGGAAAGUGAGGAUGAGCAUCGGGCGAAAGGCAAGAAUCGAAAAGCGGCACCCAAAGCGAAAGCAAAGGGGAAACCGAAAGCACCACCUCCUGCCGUCACACCUUCUCUGAGCUCAUAUCGGCCAAAAGCGUCAGAAGAACAGGAGGCUGAUCUUAUGACGUCCUUGUUUGAUUUGAUGGACAAAAGUGCCGACCAGAUCAUCCAACCUACAAAGUCUCGAAAGCGGAAGCCGGUGCCUGAGCCAGACUACAGGGAGGCUAGUUCCUCGCCUACACCCUAUGCGCGUCCACGUCCCGCCGUUCACUCGUAUCGCGGCAGCUUUGCGGAUGUGGCUGGCUCAUCCUCCGACGGAAUACUUGACGAUGGACCCAACUUCGAUGAUGCUUCGAGCGACGAUCUCAUGCUCAGUCCCAAGAAGAAGCUCAAAACCGACAACGAGGCCAUCGCGCCGGCUAUCGAGCGCAUGAGCCAGAUGGAGGUGUACAGCGCCAGCAGCGGGACAGAGGACUGUGAUUCCUCCUUCGACGACAUAAACAUGAACGACUUCAUGGACAUUGACGACGCCGAGCUCAAUGGCGAAGCCAGCAAGCCUAUCCCUCAGGCCAAAGGAUCUGCGAAGACGGAGAUCGACGUGGAGUCCAAGCCCCUCCUUCCGAUUCACGGCAAAUUGAAUGCACAGACGAAGAAGAAACAGGACGAGACGCCUUCCUGGCUCUCCGUCUACGAGUCAUUACAGACGACCACUGAUGAUUCACUCGGUCAGGCGUCUGCUUCCCGCAGUUCAGCCAGCCAUGGCGACGUUUCUGUCCUCGAGGAGGACGGAUCGCUCCGUUUCUUCUGGAUCGACUACCUGGAGCACGAGGGCAAGGUGUACUUCGUCGGUAAAACACAAGACAAGGUCUCGAAGGCCUGGUACUCGUGCUGUGUGACCGUCGAGAAUUUGCAGCGGAAUCUCUUUCUGUUGCCGCGGGAGCGCCGCAUGGAGGAAGACGAGGAGACCGGAAAGCUGUACGAGACAGACGUCAAGCCCGAGAUGAGCGACGUCUACGCUGACUUCGACCGAAUCCGCAAAGCAAUGAACAUCAAGGCCUGGAAGGGCAAGGCCGUCAAACGGAACUAUGCGUUUGGCGAGAAUGACAUUCCGAGGGGUGAGAACGACUGGUUGAAGGUCGUGUAUGGCUUCGACGAGCCCCAAAUUCAUAGCUCGGUGUGCAGUCCGAAUAUUGCCAAGAUCAUGGGGACGAGCACGAGUGCAUUUGAGCUGCUAGUGCUCAAGCGUAAAAUUAUGGGUCCGUGCUGGCUUCAGGUCAAGAAACCCCAGCUCGACCACAAAGGGGUUUCCUGGUGCAAAGUGGAGGCUACGGUAUCGGACCCCAAGGAUUUUCAACCCAUUUCAGACAGAGACCCUACCGCGCCCAAAGCGAACCCGCCACUAACCGUCAUGAGCCUGAGCAUUCGGACGAUUGUCAACCACAAGGAGAACAAUCGGGAGAUUGUCUGUGCGACAGUCAGGAUAUGGUCAAACAUCGAUCUGGACGAUCCAACACCACCCGAAUCGCUUCCUUGUACUGUACGAACCUUCGUGCGACCCUUGGAUCGCUUCCCACCGAAUUUUGAAGUCCGUGCAGGCAAGAAUGGCAAAGGCGUCAUCUCCCCGAUGAAGAACGAGCGGAUGUUGCUCAACAGUCUCCUCGCCACCGUUUAUAAGGCAGAUCCCGAUAUCAUUGUUGGGCACGAAGUCUUGGGUGUCUCGCUGGACGUUUUGCUCCAUCGCAUGCGUGACUUGAAGGCGGAUCACUGGUCAAGAAUCGGUCGCUUCCGCCGCUCGAAAUGGCCCAGUAUAGGACGACAGGGCACGAACCUCAAGUUCAUGAACGGCCGACUGCUCUGCGACCUGGCGAGCGACAGCGCUAAGGGCAUGAUCUCAUCGACGACUUGGUCACUUACGGAGAUGUGCAAGACGCAUCUCAAGAGUGACAGGCAGGAUAUCGAUCCUGACGACACUGCUAGCUUCUUUGACAGCAGCGUCAGCUCACCCGAGCGGUUGCUGACCUUUGUCCGGCAUUGUGAGCUCGACGCGCACUAUCAGAUGGCUCUCGCGGCGAAGGUUCAAAUUCUGCCGCUGACGAGGCAGCUCACGAACCUGGCCGGAAACUCCUGGAACAAAACACUCAAUGGUGGUCGUGCAGAGCGUAACGAGUACAUCUUGCUCCACGAGUUCCAUCAGCGGAAGUACAUCUGCCCUGACAAGACAUGGGGUAAGAAGGCCGCAGCGGCUGAGAAGGAGACUCGUGACGACGAUGCGGAGGGCGGCAAGACUACGAAGAGCAAGCGAGACAAGUAUAAGGGCGGUCUCGUCUUCGAGCCGAAGCGUGGGCUCUGGGACAAGUUCAUCCUCUGGGACAUCAAGCAGAUGGCGCUGAAGCUGACGGCCAACAGUAUGUACGGGUGUCUCGGUUUCGAGUACUCGAGGUUCUACGCCGACCCUGGCUGCCUUGACGACCUUCAAGGGCCAAGCGCUGAAAUCUCGGCUGCGUUCAAGAAGACGCGGCUGCUGCUUCUGCAAAAGAAGAAGUACGCUGCUAUCAAAGUGGAGGACGGUACAAGGACGUCGACAGAAAUCAAGGGUCUGGACAUGAAGCGCAGAGAAUACUCCGCACUGUCCAAGAACGUUUCUCACGACCGAGUCGUCGUCGAGAAGAUCCACGAGUACCUCACCACCGUCGGGGAGGACGUGCGCGCGGGCAAGGUCAAGCUCGACGACUUCAUCAUCUUCAAGCGGCUCGGGAAGAACCCGGAGGACUACCCCGACGCGAAGAGCCAGCCGCACGUCCAGGUCGCGCUGCGCAUGAAGGCGCGCGGCGGCACCGCGCGCUCGGGCGACGUCAUCCCGUACGUGUUCUGCCUGGGCGAGAACGGCGAGUCGGCCAAGUCGGCGCAGGCGGAUAAGGCGAAGCACCCCGAUGAGGUCCGCAAGACGGGGUCCGGGCUUAAGACCGACUAUGAAUACUACCUCUCGCAGCAGAUCCUCCCGCCCGUAGAACGUCUCUGCGAGCCGAUCGAGGGCACGGACCGGGCGCGGCUAGCGGAAUGUCUCGGACUGGAUGCGAGCCGGUACCGUACAUCGACCACCGAGUCCGAAGAGAGGCAGUUCAGCACGCUCGACUCUUUGAUGUCGGACGCGGAGCGGUACAAGGACGCAGAGCCGUUCGUGGUCCGGUGUCGCUCGUGCCAGGGGCACGUCGCGUUCGAGCCCAUCUCCGACCGCGAGAACUCGCUCCUCCUGUCGGCGGGCCCGACGUGCCCCGCCUGCAAGACGGCGCUGCGCACGGCGAGCCUGCAGACGCAGCUGGAGACGCAGAUCCGCGCGCGGGUCGCGCGGUACUACGAGGGUGGACGGUGUGGGCACGUCGCGUUCGAGUACUCGGACGCGCAGCUGUACACGCAGCUCCGGUAUUACGCGUCGCUGUUCAGCCCGGAGGGGGCGCUCAAGGCGUGUGGCGCUGCGAAGCAGAAGCAGGGUGCGCAUCAUCUUCCGCUGAUUGUGCCGCGCGUGUAUGGUGCUGACGCGGAGUUCUUGCGCGUCAUGGGCGCGACGGUGGACAAGUAUCUCGACCAGAGCGGCCGGCGGUGGGUGAACCUGACUGGGCUGUUUUCAUUCAUGAAGAUCUAG